UGCAAAAGUACAGGAGCGUUUAACGAAGACAGUAAUCAAACCUGACUCGCCGUUUCCAGCCUUGCUUCAUGUUAAAAUGACAGCUACAUCUGUGUUCAUUCUCCGCAGCAGAUGUGAAUGACCUGCAGAAGCCUGAAAACAAGGAGCGCCAAACCACUGGAGUGGAAGCAGAAACCCGAGUAUUCCCGUUGGUCACCUUAGAAAGCUGCUUUCUAAGAGAGCUUAUCAGUGCUGAAUGGACCUUGAUCUCCCACUCUGGUGCCUAAGACCUGUAGAAACUACAGUUCUCUCUCUUUUUAUCAACACGUGCAGGCCUUACCUCUUCUCCUCCUGCUUGAUGCUCCCUUAAGACUUCUGACUCAGACAUAAGCAGGCCUUCCAAAUAAAUUUUGACUUUUUGAAAGUGACUGUCAGCUGAUUCAGUCAGCGUUCCUGUUAAACCACCGGCCCUCCAAUUUUGUGCAAAAAUGGCUAGCUACAGCCCUGCCCCUAUGCAAGAGUCUUCUACAGAGGUCUCCAACGGCAAACUGAAGUCGUCUGGUUCUGAGGAGUCAAUAAAAUUAAAGAAAGAGAUUUCCUUGCUCAAUGGCGUCUGCCUCAUUGUGGGGAACAUGAUUGGCUCGGGCAUCUUUGUCUCUCCUAAAGGCGUGCUGAUGUACAGCAGCUCCUAUGGCCUGUCUUUGGUAGUGUGGACCAUUGGUGGAAUAUUCUCAGUGUUUGGGGCACUUUGCUAUGCCGAGCUGGGAACCACUAUCACAAAGUCCGGUGCCAGUUAUGCCUACAUCCUGGAGGCCUUCGGAGGGUUCCUGGCCUUCAUCCGUCUGUGGACAUCACUUCUCAUCAUCGAGCCCACCAGUCAGGCUGUGAUAGCUAUCACCUUUUCUAACUACAUGGUGCAGCCCAUCUUCCCUACCUGUGUCGCACCCUAUGUGGCCAACCGCCUGCUGGCUGCAGCCUGCAUAUGUUUGCUCACCUUUGUAAACUGUGCCUAUGUGAAGUGGGGGACUCGUGUACAGGACUUCUUUACCUAUGCCAAAGUCAUCGCUCUCAUUGCCGUUAUCAUCACUGGCCUGGUCAAGAUAUUCCAGGGUUACACCCAGAACUUUGAGGAGUUGUUUCAUGGUUCGUCCCAUGACCCUGGCGAUGUGGCCCUGGCUCUGUAUUCAGCUCUGUUCUCCUACUCUGGCUGGGACACCCUCAACUUUGUAACUGAGGAGAUCAAAAACCCUGAGAGGAACCUGCCGCUGUCCAUUGCCAUCUCCAUGCCCAUUGUCACAGUGAUCUAUAUCUUGACCAAUGUGGCCUACUAUACUAUUCUGCCUAUUCCUGCUAUCCUGGACAGUGAUGCUGUGGCUGUGACUUUUGCAGACAGAGUUUUUGGUGUGUUUAACUGGACCAUCCCGCUGGCUGUCGCCCUCUCCUGCUUUGGGGGACUAAAUGCAUCUAUCUUGGCUGCUUCAAGGCUGUUCUUCGUUGGCUCCAGAGAGGGCCAUCUACCUGAGUACCUGUCCAUGAUUCACGUUAGCCGCUUCACCCCUAUCCCCGCCCUGCUCUUCAAUGGUGCCAUGGCUCUGGUGUAUCUAUGUGUGGAGGACAUCUUUAAGCUGAUCAACUACUACAGCUUCAGCUACUGGUUCUUUGUGGGUCUUUCCAUUCUGGGUCAGCUGUACCUGCGUUGGAAACAGCCAGAUAGACCACGCCCACUGAAGCUCAGUAUUGUCUUCCCGAUUACCUUCUGCUUUUGCACCAUCUUCCUUGUGGUGGUCCCGCUUUAUAGUGACACCAUCAACUCCUUGAUUGGCAUUGGAAUCGCCCUCUCUGGUGUACCUGUCUACUUCCUCUGCUGCUACACCCCAGCCAUGCGCAGGCCACUGUGGCUGCGCAAGUUUAUUGCAUCAUCCGGUACGCUGAUUCAGAAGGUUUGCUACUGUGUGCUGACAGAGAUGGAUACAGAUGAAGGGAAAAUGGAGUAACAGUGAUGACAAGAAAUGUCCACACAGUAUGCAGAAUCCUUCAUGACUCAGUCAUGAUCACCAGUGGGGUAAUUUGACUGAUGUAACAAGCUUUGUGGGUACUGAUUUAUACAGCUGCCUGAAUGACAUUUCUCAAUAACAUACACAUUCCUUCAGGACUAAAAAAAAAAAAAAACAAUUUAAUUUCCUGCU